AUGGCCCAUCCCACUCCUCUUCCUCGUCCACGUAGUUGUCCUCCUCCUCUUCCUCCUCCUCCUCCUCCUCCUCCUCCUCCUCCUCCUCAUCUUUUGAGUCCUAAACAUUCACCUCCUCGUUCACUUGCAUCCACCUCACCACUUUACACCUCAGCUUCAAGCAACCCCAUGAAGAAACAAUUACCACUGGUAAAUACACUGUCAAAUGACAAAGUGGGUAGCAAACAACCUCAACACCAACUCGACUGA